AUGUUCCAUGAUCAAAUACUUUUCGGUUUAUUUGCUCCUAUUCUACAACCAGAAGAGUUAGUUACGACUAUAAUAGAACACAAAACUAUAGGUCCUAUCACUGGUGUAUUGACACUUUUUCUUUUUCUUACCAAUCUUGUUGCAAUGGGUCUUGUAUUAAUGUUAACUAUAUGGCAGAUAAGUCUUAUUACUAAAGGUCAAACAUGUGUAGAAGAAAGAAUUGAUAAAUCCAUUGUAACUAAUUCUGUACAAGGACAAAAACAACGACCAUAUGAUUUUGGAUUCAAAUUGAAUUGGGCAAGAUUUUUUGAAGUAAAUAAAAUUAGUGAACUUUUAUUUCGAUUGCUGAUUCCUUUUCCAUUUCAACCAAAACAUGAUGGUACACAAUGGAUAUCAAAAGAUAAUAAAGAAAAUUAA